AUGAAGAUGCACUUCAGCAUCCCAGUGUCCCAGCAGCGGCUGGACACACUCGGGGGUCGCUACGUGCUGUACUCGGUGUAUCUGGAAGGGUUCCUCUUUUGCAAGGUGCGCUACAGCCAGCUGCAUCGUUGGAACGAGCAGGUGAGCGCUCCUGUCCCUAUGGAUCAAAACAUCUUGAGAAGUGAAGUCUUCAUCCGUUUUUUUAAAUUGCUACAGCAGGACACAUUCAAAAUCACCACCAAGAAAGUCUCUCUGGAUGUAUUUCUGCCUGAUGGAAGAAGUAUAAGAAUUGAAAUUCUAACCUCUGACACUGCUGAAAGAGUCUUAGAGAUUGUGUCAUACAAGAUGGGACUGUCUCGGGAUCUUAUUGGAUACUUCAGCUUGUUCCUGAUCCAGUUCCAGAGUGACAACAUCUUAUCUGUAAUGAAAAAAAUGGCAGAAUUUGAACUCCCAUAUGUGAGUCUUCAAAGUAUCGAAGUGGAAAACUGUAAGGUUGGACUUAGAAAAUGGUAUAUGGAUCCAUCCCUUGACUCCAUGCUUAUGGACUGCCAAACUGCUGUCAAUUUGCUAUAUGAACAGGCAGUUCAGGAAAUUGAAAAAAACUGGGCCAAACCAACUGAGGAGCAGAGACAGGAAUUAGAGGCCCUGAGGAAAGCAGGAAACCAGACAAAGUUUUUGGAGCUGGCCCAGCAGGUGCAGCACUAUGGAUACAUGCAGCUUGAUUCCUGUGCCUGCGAUUACCCAGAACCUGGCUGUGUGGUUACUUUAGCGGUGGGCAACAAUGAAAUCAGCUGCUACUUUAAGUUACCCAGCAAUCAGACCCAAGAAGUUAACUUCAAGAUGAGCCGGAUAAAAUCAUGGCAGGUCACUUUCCUUGGAACUCUGCUGGAAGAAGAGGAAAGUCCCCAGCAAACCCUCAACCAGAACCUGGAGCUCAGGUUUCAGUACAGUGAAGGCAACAACAGUUGGCAGUGGUUUACCAUUUAUACCAAACAGGCUUUUUUGCUGAGUAGCUGCUUGAAAAAGAUGAUAACAGAGAAAAUGAUGAAGUUAGCUGCAGAAAAUCCAGAAAUGCAGAUUGAAGUCCCCCUGGAACAAGGCAAAAGUAAGAAAUCCUACCAUCAACAAAGCCAGACAAACUUUUUUGAUUUUCCACCAAGAAAAGGCAAGAUUUCAUUUAAGUCAACUGAAGAGGACUGUGUGUUUGAGACUAUAAGGGAAGAGGAUCUUUGAAGAAGAAGAAGAAAAAAAUCCAGCAUUUCCAUUUUCUUCCUUUAAAAUAAAUCGUUUGAGACAGCAGGCUGUGAAAUGACCAAAGAUUGGCUUUAUAUC